GACACUUCUCGAUUGCACCAACAAUUCAUACUAGUAACAAGCAACAAUACCUUCCGGGAUCUAAUAUCUUAUCUACAAGAUUCUUACAUGAUGAAGGAGUGAGCGAAAUUACUGAUUACAUGCAUAUUCCUGACAGUUCCUCACAAAAACCCGUCCUUCCAUGGCUCAUUCGAAAUGUUAGCGUGAUUCGCGGUAAAGUUGACUUUCAAUUUGAACUGUUUCCGGCAUUUAAUUACGCAUUGGAUGAGCAUACAACCGAAAUCGAAGAAUAUAAAGUAACUGAAAAUAAAUUAUCAAAAUAUCUAAGAGAUGAUGUAGCGUCAUAUGUUGGACAUCAAAGAGCUAUAUUUCGUUCCAAUACACUUUGUAUGGAUUUACGCUAUGUCGUCUUAAAUGGCGAACUAGAUCCUCCAGUCAUUGAAUUUAAAUUAGCAAAAAAUAAUGUAAUGAAAGGUCCUGGUAUCAUUUUUCAAUUCACUUUAAAAGAAACUCAAACUGUUACUUUUAUUUUAAGAGAAAUUUCAAUUACUAAAGAAAUUGAUAAGUUGGAUCCUCCAUUAAGUGCUGGCCUAAUGAAAAAUUUAUUUAGACAAACCUUACAAUUUUGGCAAGAUUGGAUUGCUCAAUCUUGUUAUAAAGGAAGAUGGAGAGAAAACGUUCAUCGCAGUGCUUUAGCCUUGAAAUUAAUGACUUAUGAGCCGACUGGAGCUGUUGUCGCAUCGCCUACUUUUGGACUUCCUGAAGAGAUAGGCGGACCUAGAAAUUGGGAUUAUCGAUUCACUUGGGUUAGAGAUUCCGCAUUCACCGUUUACGCACUUAUGAGACUUGGUAUGACUCAAGAAGCCAAGCAUUAUAUGGACUUCAUGGAAGCAAGAUGCCAGGAUUUGAAUCCUGAUGGAUCAUUAAAUAUCAUGUAUAGUAUAGAUGGGGAAAAGAAAUUAACAGAAGUGGAAUUGACUCAUUUAGAUGGAUAUCGUGGAUCCAAACCCGUUCGUAUUGGAAAUGGAGCGUAUGAUCAUAUUCAAUUAGAUAUUUACGGAGAAUUAUUGGAUGCGAUGUAUUUGUAUAAUAAAUUCGGUAGUCCAAUCUCUUACGAUAUGUGGGUAAACAUACGUAAAUUAGUAAAUUAUGUGUGUGAUAAUUGGAAUAGGGAAGAUAUGAGUAUUUGGGAGGUUAGAGGAAAAAUGCAAAACUUUACUUAUUCUAAAAUUAUGUGUUGGGUUGCCGUUGAUAGAGGCACAUUAUCGGAGAAGAGAGUAUUGCCAUGUCCUGAUAGAAAUAAAUGGACGCAAAUACGUGAUACUAUUUAUGAAGAAAUUAUGUUAAAAGCUUGGAAUCCUGAGCGUAAAAUCUUUGCUCAAUCUUAUGAAUCUUUGGAUGCUUUGGACAGUUCCGUUUUAAUUAUGCCUUUGGUAUUUUUUAUAAGCCCUACCGAUCCAAGAUUUUUAAGUACCAUGGAACAGAUUUUAUUACCUCCGGAAAAAGGAGGUUUGUUGACGAAUAAUCUUGUAUUCCGGUAUAAUCAUCUUACAACCGAUGAUGGAUUAGGUGGGAUGGAAGGAUCAUUUUCAAUGUGUACAUUUUGGUUAAUUGAAGCGUUAACAAGAGCAGGAAAAUAUGAUAAAAAACUUUUAGAAAAAGCAGAAUUUAUAUUUGAGCAAAUGAUUAGUUAUGGUAAUCAUGUAGAACUAUUUUCCGAAGAAAUUGCCAGAUCUGGUGAAUUGUUGGGUAAUUUUCCUCAAGCUUUUACUCACAUUGCCUUUAUCAGUGCCGCGUUUAAUUUGGAUCGCGUUUUGAUGUAA